UUAAUUGACAUCAUCUAGCUAGUCAGGCAUGACUAUAAAACGGUAUAAGUACAGGGAGGGCGUCUACAGGAUAUCUUCCUCGGCAAUAUGGCAGCUUAUACAGUGCUACUGUUUAUCACGGUGCUGGUUUCUCUCUGUUGCCAAAUAUCUGCACAACUAGGUGGACCAGAUGCUAUACCGGGUCGCUACAGAAAUCCCAAAAUUAUCCGAUAUUAUUCUUUCUUCUGUCGGAACAUACAGUGUGGUUUUGAGGCAGUGUGUGAACGGCAGACGUACCCAUGUCUGAUACCAACUUGUAGCGAUGGGCCGAGUUGUGUACAAACUCCCGGAGCAAGUUUAAAACCAGGAAGGUGUCCUCGUCCAAGUUACAUCCGGGCAAGGGGAGGUGGAGGUAGAAGGUAUGAAUGUAACACCGAUUACGGUUGUAGUGGCAGAAAUAUAUGUUGCCAUGGAUACAGAAUCAGUCGUUGUAUGCGUCCCCGCCGUCCGCGUCAAUACCCACGAAAGUACUAGAUGAUGUACUCCUCCGAGUAAUACAAACAAAAAACAAAAAAACGGGAUUAUCGGGAUCUUACCGUCCAUAUCAUGCGUUGUAUAAAAUAGUCUACUGUGAUCUGUACAUUAUGAAAUCUUUGUAAUAAAAUAUAUCGUUUUAAAAGUUCUA